CAAAAGAAGAUUGUCCUUAUGCUCCGAUCAGCGAGGACAGGAUUGAACGCUCAAACGUGGUGAAAAGCCAGAAAAGAACAUGGACUCAUUGCAACAUACCGAAAUGGGUUGCAAUUAUUGUAAUUUUUGUACUUGUUUUGGUAUGUUUUGCGACACAUAUAAAAUCCACAGAAAGUGUACAACUGGAUAAAUCCGCUGCCAGUGGAUAUACCUCACUCGCAUCACUUAUGGAAGCUGAAAAGGGAAUCGAUUUUCGUAUUAGUCCUAAUACGAGUAACUGUUCAAGCAAAUCGUCGUGUUUCAGAUGUAAGACUGAGAUAAUACCGCAUUUGGAACCAAUGCACUGUCCAAAUGAUACACGUGUCAAAAAUAGCAGCUGUCUUCUGUGUGAUGGCAAAUGUUUAGAAUUACCAGAACUAAUCGAAAUGAAACAAAACGACAAGAUUUCACACUGUCGACAAGAUGUGACAUGUUGCACGAUUUCGAUCAUGGGUAUACUGAACAAUUCCUGUGAAGGCGAAAGUUACAAUUGUUAUAGCAAAGACACACAUGACUUAUACAAGAGACCUGAAGGUGUACCUAUAUGCGUAUGCUCAGCAAGCAAUAUUGCUGGAAAUUGCACAAAACCAUUUUCCCAUCAGGGCGAAUGUAAAUGUUUCAAGUCAAGUGGGAUUAAAUUGGUCGAUCAAGAUCAAAUGGAUGAAUGUGACAACGUGAGUAAAGAUUGGAAGAUGUGUCACACGUAUAUGCAGGAAUAUAAUUGCCUUUGCGAAAGACGUACAGGUAUUAUCGAUGAUAUUCAACCAUGUCAGUCUUAAAAUACUUCUCCCGAUAAUACAUAAGCAUUAAAUGUGAGGAGGACCUUUGUUCAUUAACAUUGUGGAGGAGCUGUGUUUAUUUACAUUGUAGAGGACCUUUGUUCAUUUAUAUUGUGGAAGAGCUUUGUUCAUUUAAAUUUUAGAGGAGCUUUGUUCAUUUACAUUGUGAAUGGCCUUUGUUCAUUUACAUUGUAGGGGACCUUUGUUCACUUACAUUGUGGAGGACCUUUGUUCAUUUACAUUGUAGUGACCUUUGUUCAUUUACAUUGUGGAGGGCCUUUGUUCAUUUACAUUGUGGAGGACAUUUGUUCAUUUACAUUGUGAAUGGCCUUUGUUCAUUUACAUUGUAAAAGAUCUUUGUUCACUUACAUUGUGGAGGACCUUUGUUCAUAUACAUUGUGGAGGACCUUUGCUCAGUUAUAUACUGUAGUAAUAAGACUAUCAAGUAUUGACCAUCACAAGGUUGUGAAAUUUUCUAUGUUGUAACAAAAAGAUUGAAUGCAUGUGUUAAAAUACGCCAAACGUUUCUUUCUAUAAUUUAAUUUACAGCUUAACAUAGACACGCUUUUAUCUUUCAUAAAUAUGAAAGAUUAAAUAGAGAGUAUUAUAAAGUUUAACAUUUUGCAAAUCAUUGUAAGUUUUGUGUGUAAAUAUGGUGCAACCAUUGUCCACUCGGGAGAAUAAAUCGAGUUGUGUUUAUAUUGUAUUUAUAUGUAUAUACAAUUUACAUACGUUGUUACAUAUUUUUUAUCAAAAUUAUUUCUAUUACACAAAUGUAUAAACUUUCAUUGAAUUUGUUACUUCCACAAACACUUUGAAAUACAUUUUACCCAUUCCUUAAAACAGUUAAUGUGAGGUUAUUAUACAUUUUUGAGUUCAAUAUCUAUUUUUAUUGGACAAGUAAACAUCUGUCAAACCUUUAUUAGACGAGGUGCUAGCAGCUGUGUACUAAUUCAAAAGAAUCAGUAUUGUGUUCAACAACGUUUAAUGACAUUUUUAUUUCACAUUAUUGAAUGAGGUUACGUGCUGUAUUUUUCAGUUCUUGUCAGAAAUCCUUUCUUACUUACAGUUCAUCUUAAACAAAAUGCCAUUAUUGGGAAACAUAUGUAUAAUGACCUCAACGAUAUACUCCCAUAUCAUUUUGAUUGAAUUAUACCGUGGCAGUUCAGUAUCUAAUUCUGGGUACAUUUAUUUAUAAAAUGCAAUUAUUCAGUGAAAAUAACCAUAAAAUCCAUUUCGCUUUUAUAAUUUAUCAUUUUUAACACAGAUGCCUCGCUGUUGCUUAAAACAUUUUUUAGCAAAUUGUAAAUACAUUUAAUGUAUCAAUUUUCGUUUAUUUUGUGCAUCAUUAUAAUGAAGUUUGAAACGGAUCGCUUUUGUGAAGUAGGGGAUAGGGGAUCUGAAGCAGUCUAAAACA